AUGGGUAAACAAUCAACACCUGAGUUCGUAAUCGAGUGGACUAAAUACACAACAGGGAUUUUGUUCACAUGGCCUCCAAGUUCGAAAUCAACACGACUCACAGAGAUUAUUUUCAAAAUAUGUUGGUACAUUUCCUUGAUUUUCGCCGUAGCAAACGUUCUCCCACUGCUGAGCACGAUGUACUACCAUCGCAACAAUUUUAUGAAAUUCACGGAAUGCUUAUCUAUGACACUCUGCUUCGCGCAAGUUGUGUUUAAAUUGAUUAUAGGAAAAAAUCAUUAUAAUCGCCUUCAGUAUUUAAUUGAAGAGAUGAAAACAUUUGUGGAGAAUGCAAGUCCCCACGAACGAGAAGUGCUGACGAAAUACGUGAAACGAGUUUCUCCUUUUUACCUCUUAUAUAAUAUUAUUACUUUGGGUGCAACUUUGGUUUAUGUGUUUGGUCCUUUCAUAAUGGAUCAGCCAUUUCCGAAUGUCGCUGAGUUCCCUUUUCCUGUGGAUGAACAUCCUGUUUAUGAUAUAGUUUUCGUACUGGAAGCAAUAGCGGGUGUACAGUGCGGUUGUAGUUCUGGUUUUAUUUGUCAGACGUGUCUACUCCUUUGGUAUGGAACGAUUCAACUGAACUUUCUCGCUGAAAAAAUUGAGCAUGUUACCAGCUCUCAAGAAGUCGCAGAGUGCAUUGCUGUACAUCAGCACGUAUUAUGGUAUAUUGAAGAAACGAUUAAAAUCGUGCGACAUGUGGUAACAGGACUGCUCGGAAUAACCACUAUAUCCAUCGUAUGUGGGGCGAUUCAUAUAGUUGGAAAUGAAGCAGCACUCAAAAAAAUUCAGUCUGCUUGGAUUCAAAUUGCGUACGCCAUGGCGCUACUUGCUCUUGCAUGGGCCGCAGAGAAUUUAACCGCAGCGAGCGAAGGAGUUAGUUGGGCGCUGUACAACUCGUCGUGGAUUUUUAAUUCGAAGAAAUUGAUGCAUAGGGCUGCAAUUUUCAUGACGCAGAAAUGUCAACAUCCGCCGAGAAUAGCAAUCGGUGGGUUCAUGCCAGAAUUAUCCAUGGAAUAUUAUACAAAGUAUAUGUCAGCUGUAUAUUCCUUCUUUACAAUGGUACAUGUUAUGCUUCAGAAAUUCGAAGAGAAUCGAUAGUAUAAUUUGAUAUUGAAUUUUGUUUUUCACCAUUUGAUUGUGCGAUUGUUGUACUUGGUUAUAUUCACACUCAAGUAUGUA